AUUAGUAUUAUUUUUGUUCAUUAUAUACUUUUAUUAUAUUAGAAUAUUAAUAAUCCUCCUGCAGGUGGGUUACUGUGAUCCUUUGAGUCUGGAUGGUGGAUGGUGGGUGGUGGAUGAGCUCAGUCCACUGGGUGUGGCUUUAAUGAGAGCUUUUGUCCAGAAGCGGUCAGUCUGUGGUCGCUGUCCGGGGAGACGCACAGAGAAGCUUUAGAGUGACCAUGCUCUCCACAGCAGCCACCAUUACAACCAGAGAUCCUUCCACCCAGGAAGGGGAGGACACUGAAGCCUCCACACCGCUUAACCCUCUCCACCAUGGGGAGUCACCUCGCCGUCACAGUGGUCCGGCUCCAUCCUGCUUGUUCCUCUUCUUUAAGCCCAUCGUGGCCAUCGGUGUUGGUACGCUGCUGUUUGGAUCAGGCACCACCCUGUCCAUGCUCUACUUCACCCACGUGGGAAAUGUCCCUUACCUGCUGGGGCCGCUGUUCCUCUCUGUGGGUCUGAUGUUCUUGGUCACCGGCCUGGUCUGGAUCCCCGUGCUCAAACAGAGCCUGGAGCCCAGUGAACUCACAAAGGUCCAUCAUGGCAAGGGCCUCCAGGUGGAGCACAAACACCACUGACAGGGAACCACUGAGGCCCAUGAACCAUCAGCUUUGAAAGCACAAAGCAGUCGUACAACAGUGUGAGACAUGAGUCGUGUUUUGUUAGCCAGGGUUUGUGGAGAUGUUGACUCACUGUCAGGAUAUCUCAGCUGUUUCAGUGGAACCUGAAUUAUUAUUUAGUUUCAUAUAUUAUGCAGUCAGACACUGUUCAUGUCAGCCUCUUUUCUGAUUGGUGGGUUCAUGAGUUGAAGAAAUUUUCAGUUGGGCCGUAUCCAGGAUUUUAGAGAUAGUGAGGUCAUAAAGUCUCAAAAUGUUUUCAUCUUGUUUUUUAUUAUUUAUUUAUUUAUUGGUCCGCUCUGUGUGAAUAUUUUAAGAUCUCUGUCCUGUGAAAACCUGAACGUCGUCUUUUAACGUGCAGUGCCAAGAAUGACAUAAUGAAUCCUCGAUUUAUUCAUUGACCCCAAACUAGUCAAGCUUGAAUAUAUUAGUGUAUAAAAUACAAAAAGUAAAAUAAAAAAGCAGUUCUGUUUGCAGCUGUGAGUUAGAAACAUGGAACAACUCAAAGACAUGAAAUCAUGUUUAAAUGACAGAAAUCGAAUCAAUCAUUUUUCUUCUGAUUCAGUGUGACAACCCUUUUUUAUUUAGUUCUAUUUCUGAUAUCAUCGCUCUGGAUCAUGGCCCUCCACUUCCUGCUUCUUUCUCUAUUAAACCUUAAAUAAACUAUUUGUU